AUGGCGGACAAGACAGACCUUUCACUUUCACGAAGGAAAAACGUACAUGAACGCGAAGAGAGAAAUGGUCACUCCGAAGAAGUAUGCGACAAAUCAGCCACAGAAAGGCUACUGGUUCUUCGACUAGACGAUGAGGGACAUUCCGAUUUCGUCGAGGAUCCCAUCCCAUCAUGUUUACAACCUAAUCAGAACGCGGAUUUGCCAGAGUUACCAGAGUUGGGAGUGUCUAGUGUUAAAGUCCCACAUCCAGACAAUGAUCCAAAUACACUUGUUGACCUGGGCAUGACAUUUAAAACUGAAUUGGUAGAAUCUAUAUACCAACAUAGUGUUGUAGAAGUAGACGAUGGUAGCUUGGCACAUCGACUUAACAUGAGGAAUGGUGAUAUUAUUCACAAAAUUAAUGAUUUUCCUUUGUUUGAUUGUGAGCAUGGUGGAGUACUCGAUAUGUUUUACAAUCUUGAUGAGGAAUUUGAUGUGACAAUUAGAAGACAGACAGAAGACAAUAUUGAUGGUGGUGAUAGUGAUGAUGAUCAGAUGAUGUAUGUAUUCACAAAGUUCAAAUUGAAAAUGGAAAUUACAAAUAACGAAGUCCAAAUUGAAGUAAUUGCUGAAUUUGAAGAAGAAUAUAUUACAAAAUCAGACAAUGAGUACCCCAAAUUGCGCUGUUACUACGAGGGAGACUGUUACAUCUACACUGCUAGCAGCGACUCCAGCUUAAUACUGUCAAUGACAUCAAGCUCAUCUAUUGCCAUCAUUCCUGCACAUAUCAAUGAUGACCGUGGUAAGAAAUUGCAAUAA